UAAGUUGUCCUGCAGAUGAAUUUUAGAUGAUAUUCUGCAGUUUUAUAGUGCGGACUCUUAGGGCCGCUGUUGACCAGAGUGUUGAGGACUGAGACCAUGUUUGUAGCAGCACCGCCCAUGUAACAUCGACGUUAUAAAGAGGGAACACGGAGCACAAAGAUCGAGCGAUUCUGAUCAAGGAGGAUAAAUACUGAAGAAAGAUUUUCAUUUUGGAGAUAUUUGCUUUCGCUGACCGGAAUAUAUACACUUGAGUUUUGACUUUGGAAUACAUAUCUUCUGUUGUGUGGAAUACAGAUUGUGAAUCCACGUUGAGUGAGAAAUCUGAAAGAACAAUGAAACGGCAAGUACUGCUAUUUGUCUCUCUCAUUUCCCUCGGACCAGUCUUCGGGCAGGUCAGUUACUCGAUUCCGGAGGAAAUGUCUAGAGGCUCUUUAGUUGGACGUAUAGCACAGGAUUUAGGUUUAGAAAUUAAACGUUUAAUAUCAGGAAAAGCCAAGAUCUAUAGCAGAAAUAGCGACCAAUACAUCGAGCUGAACAGAGAAAGAGGAGUCCUCCUCAUCAAGGAGAGAAUAGACAGAGAGGCGCUGUGCACAGAAAAAGCGCUUUGUGCUUUGGAUUUUCAGAUCCUUUUGGAGAAUCCGAUGGAAUUUUAUACGGUUACAGUCCAGAUCACAGACAUCAAUGAUAAUGCACCAACCUUUGAAAAAAGCGAAAUGAAUUUCAAAAUUAGCGAAUCAGCCGCAACAGGAGCAAAAUUCGACCUGGAACGGGCUGUGGAUCUGGAUGUUGGUAUUAAUGAUCUCCAGAAAUACGAACUAAAACCAACUGAAAAUUUUGGUCUAAAACUGCACAGUAACCCCGAUGGACACAAAAACGUUGAGAUGGUACUGCUGAAACCUUUAGACAGAGAAAAACAAGAGCAGAUCUCUCUCGUGUUAACAGCUGUAGAUGGAGGAGAGCCACAGAUGUCAGGAACAAUGCAGAUUCUCAUUACAGUUUUAGACGUUAAUGAUAAUGCGCCGGUUUUUACACAGAAAACUUACAAAGCUACAGUCACUGAGAAUUCACCUAAAGGAACAGUCGUUGCUACUGUUACAGCGUCAGACGCUGAUCAAGGUUCGAACAGUAAAAUAACAUAUUCAAUCACAAAUACGUUAGACAAUGUCCGGAAAAUGUUUUAUGUAAAUGAGGAAAACGGGCAAGUUUCAUUAAUUGAAACCAUUGACUUUGAAAAGUCAAAACGUUUUCAAAUAAAUCUCCGUGCUAAUGAUGAUGGAGGACUAACAGACUCGUGUAAGCUGAUUGUUGAUGUUCUCGAUGUAAACGACAAUAAACCUGAAAUCAACAUAAUGUCCAAAUCAACUGUGAUUUCAGAGGACGCUAAACUCAAUAUGGUCGUUACGAUGAUUAAUACUGAGGAUUUAGAUUCCGGAGACAACGGGAACGUGAAAUGCUUUAUCAGCGACAAUGUACCAUUCAUUUUAAAAUUGACAAGAAAUAAUUUCUAUAAUUUAGUAACAGACAGUGAUUUGAACAGAGAGAGAGCCUCUGAGUAUAACAUCACUGUGACCUGCUCUGAUGAGGGAGUGCCCUCC